CCAGGGAAACAGGCCAAUUGGACGCUCCCACAUUUCUAAGCGUACACACGCGUAUUCAAGACUCGAGGCACCGUUGCAUCCGGUAGCGGUCCACUCUGACAGACUGCCGCAGAGGCGCAGACUGCCGCGGGAUCAGACGGUUGUUGGACGGGUUGUGAUAUCUUCGUUGUCCGUAGCACCAUGAGGCUGCUAUUGUUCCUGAGCUUGGCCGCUGUUUCCUGUGCGACCAACGGACCAAAAGUCACUGAUAAGGUAUGGUUUGAUAUCAAGAUCGGCGACGAUGACGCGGGCAGAGUAGAAAUCGGUCUGUUCGGUAAAACCGUUCCGAAGACCGUCAAGAAUUUUGUGGAGCUUGCCAAGCUGCCGGAAGGUGAAGGAUACAAAGGCAGCAAAUUCCAUAGAGUGAUUAAAGACUUCAUGAUCCAAGGAGGAGAUUUCACAAAGGGGGAUGGCACUGGAGGUCAUAGCAUCUAUGGGGAUCGCUUCGCCGAUGAAAACUUCAAGCUGAAGCACUAUGGUGCUGGAUGGCUGUCCAUGGCCAAUGCUGGCAAGGAUACUAAUGGAUCUCAAUUCUUCAUCACAGUGAAACAAACGCCAUGGCUUGAUGGUAGACACGUCGUCUUUGGAAAAAUUAUUAAAGGAAUGGAUAUAGUGCGCAAAAUUGAACAAACGAGCACUGACUCGCGUGACAAGCCACGGAAGGACGUGGUUAUUGCCGACUGUGGUGCAGAGACUGUAACAGAACCAUUUAGCGUAUCUAAGGAUGAUGCCACUGAUUAAAUUUCAGCAUUCGCCAAUAGCCUCAUUAUUCUUUAUGAUCUCUUUAUUUUAUACAAAACUCUUUUGGAAACUGCAUGCUUUUAACAACCUUGUUGGUUUCUACGAAUGGACGAAUGACACCAACAAUCAUUUUAGUAUCAUAAUUGACUGUUUAAUAGCAUUCUAGCGGAAAAAACGAUGUAGCAGUGAUAUCAACGAAACGACGUUUUGUAGAGUCAUAAAGCGUUGAAGCAACAAUCAAUAAGUAAUGAAACAACAGUUUCUAUUCUAAUUGUUAAAAACUAUGUCUAACUUGCACGAUAAAUUUUGUAUGUAAGCAGAUUUUCUACAUUCACGAAUAAAUGUAAGUUGUUUAAAGUA